UCUAAUGAUUUGAGUUCAAAUUGCAACUCCACCCGACAUAAAUAAUAUCACCGCUGGAUUCUCUUCAAAUUCCCAAAGUGUCUUCAAACAUGCGAUAAUGUCUGCUGUAUAAUUAACUCGACGUGGACUCUUGUAAGGGCGACAAACCAUUUUUAGACGUUUACUGCUGACGUUUACAGUCUUCAAAUAGCUUCCGUUUCGCUCUGGCAGUGAUUGGACUGGUCUGCACUUUUUUGUCUCCCUUACCACCGGCGAGCUAGCGUAAGCGCCCGUUGAACAAGUUGCACAUUCUCCACUUCAAUGGAGGCGCAGCCCAAAGAUCGGGCACGGGACAGUCGAAAUCAGAACCGCGGAGACGACGCCAGCCCUCCUCGGUGGACCUCUUGCCUAAAACAUGAUCAGAGCCACUUCCACCAGCGACAGCAUCAGGAAACGAACGCGAAGAAAACAGGCAACAAAAAAGUAAUCAGUGGCGAAGAAGAGGUGGAGAAGGGUACGCGUUUGUUUGCUGCUGUUGGUAUGACACAUCCUCCCAACAGCAAUGGAAACAGACACACAAGUAACACAAAUGUGAAGCAGAAGUCAAUGCAACGGCUGCACUCAACAGCUCCAAAAGCGAACAUGAAAGGACCAGACUACAAAAAGAUUGUGGACCUUAAAAAUGAUAAGGUUGUUGACUCGAGUUAUCACGAGGAUAAGAAAGACUGUAUGGUGCUACAAAAUGGUGUCACACACUGCGGAGUGAUUAUAAAUGGCUACUCGAGCAAGGACAAUGAUGGCAGCGGAUCCGAGGGUGGCUAUACCACACCAAAGAAACGCAAGGCCAGAUGUAACAACCUGAAGAACACUGACAAUGCAAUGAGAGAAAAUGACAUGCAGCAGGGAAACACUACACAGGAGCCUGCGACUUUUCAUAUUGAGGCGACCGAGAAGGGAGAGACUUGUCGACUUGACUGCUUGAAAGCCACACAUAAAGGGGAGACUCAGUCAGCGCCAAGACGGACUGCGGUCUCUGAGGCCUCAGUGGGGGAACUUCAGAGGAAGAACUCUGAUGGGAAAGCUGUUGGUAAAAAGAUUGAGGAGCGGCACAAAGCCAAGGUUCGCUCACCUUCAAAAGAGGACUCGUGGACUUUGUUCAAGCCCCCUCCGGUGUUUCCCGUGGACAAUAGCAGUGCUAAAAUAGUUCCCAAGAUCAGUUAUGCAAGUAAAGUCAAAGAGAACCUCAACAAAGUAGCUCAAGGUGGAGCAGAAGCUCUGCCUCCAACUGUAAGACUCUCACAGGUCCCAAUGUCUGCUAUGAAAACCAUCACGUCAGCUAGCUUUACUAACGGCUCUGUUUCUGCUAGUGGAAACGGCUGCCCAUCAGUGGGUACUUUCUUUGCUCCUGCUGCUCCAGGAAGUGGCGACAAUGUAGCAUCUCUGUUUGAAAGUAAUCGUAGCUCUACAAAUAGCCCCAUUGAAGAAGAGGUGUAUGAACUGAGAAAGUGUUCCCUCUUAAUUUACCCUUUAAAUAUGCAACCCGCGCUCCCCAGUGCCCGUCACGUCACCCCGCCGGCUGCUCAGACAAAUCAGAAAGCCUUGGGAGAAAUCUUCCACAAUAAAUGGGGGCUUUCGUUCAUUAAUGAGCCCAACUUGGGGCCAGAAGGGGGUAGCGGGCCGGCGCUGGCAGAGGACAACCCAUCUGUGGGCCAGUGUCAGACCAAAGCUGGCCAGCCGUGCUUUGAGGAUGGCCCCUUCUUCUUGGAGCCUGGCACUUUGGCUCAAGAUGAGGUGAAAAGGACUGCAAUUAUUUCGCCAGCUUCUUCUCAUCGUUGUGUCCCGGCCAAGGAGGAGAACGGAGAAAAGACGGGCGUAGAUUCUCCCUGUAAGGACAAUGGUGCUAAGCCUGUACUGGGCCAGACAACCACGGUGUUGUUUGGCGAGUCUAAAGAACAAGCCUUGUCUAAAGAUGUCUGCAGGAGGCGGAGCUGGGGGUCCUUCGACGUCAAAGCUGCUGUCACUUAUCACACUAAAGAAAUGGAAUACAUUUUCAGCUUGCAAAAACAAUAUCCAAAUCGAGUGUUGAUUUAUGCCGAGACCAAGGAUGGACCCCACCAGUGAGGUAGACAGACGUCCGCAGUGCUUGGGUCUCUUCUGGGUGCUGUGGUUCCCCUCCUUGGCAACCCUCACCGGUGCAGGAGUGGAAGAAAGUGGACAACUGUGAAAAGACUUGCUCAUUUUAGCACGGCAACACCUUCUUUGAGGGCGUCGGACGAAUACGAUACAAUUAAGGAGACGGAUCGGGGCCUCUACAAUACAACGAGCGAACUGUGACCAAUGUGGCCGAUGACGGCCACAAAAAGGUGGUGUCCUUAGCUGAGCUGAAGCUCCUAAAAGCCUUUAUCGCGGUAGGCCCGGGGCGGCCAUCCGUCAAAACUGCCGAAACGCCACUGAGGCUUUCACACAAGUUGUACAUAAACGAAACACAGCGAGCGACUGGAGAACACUUUUUGAAACGAAUGCCUUCACGUGGCUCAGUUGUGUCAAACUGUACACAUUAGUAAAUGGAAGGGCCGGAAUCUUUGUCUUAAAAAUCUACAGGGCAACUCGCAACCCGCAUUGUAGUGGUUCACCUAAUGUGAGCAUCAUCUUAUUCUUGACUGUGACCCGGCUCUCAUCACCCUGUCGUCGGCGUGCUACGGGUGGCAACGCCUUCUCAACCAAAAUGCCAAGUUUCCAUGUCAGGUUCAGUUCAAAUGUUUAGGAUUGUUGCUUCCAUGACUCAGUAUUUUAUUGAUUUUAUUUUGUCGAUGGCGGGGUGAGCUGAAGUAACGCGUCACAUUCUCGAACUUUACCCACAACCCCCUUUUAUAAAUGUUUUUUUUUUUGGUGCGUCCUGCAUGUUUACUGGUGGAAUUCAUCUACAAGGGUUGCAAAGACGCCUUCUAUUAAGCUGUUCUUGAAAUGUGACAAGGGGUCGUCGGUCAUGUUUUGAUGCCAUUGGCGAAUACGUGUGCACGUUGCAAGAUGGCCGACCUGGAGUGGUCUCAGUCGAGCUUCGCCUUGUUGAUGUGUUGAAAGCUCCGAUUAAGUCUAGGAAGCCCAAAUUUGCCCGCCUUGAUGUCACAUUCAUCACCUUCUCCAAAUCAGUAUUGAACACAACAAAAUUCAUUUAACUUGUGGAUUAUUAGCACUUUAUGUAAACUAAUUACUUUGUUGUUAGCUACUAGAGGUCUAUUGACACAACUCCUCCCUAAAAGAAUGGCUAUGGGCUGUUACUUCUCGGAACAAACAGAAUUGUUAAAUGUAACUCAGGUAGUGUUGAUAAAGCCAUGACUAUGUUAACCAUUAUUAUUAUUUUUUUAGCCAAAAGACAGCCUGUUGUGAUGCCCUCUUAAUUUGGAAAUGCAGAAUGGGAAUCUAUUAAGUAAAUGAUUGAUGGCAUUAUGGAUGAGCAUUUCACUAGCCACUGAAUACUAGUUUUUAGUGAAAGCCUUUCUUGUGUCUGGAGUCAUGCUGGACUACAUUUCGAAAACUGUUUUUAAAGCACGGUUUUUAACUUUUUUUGUUAAACGUAUGCUAGUCUGCAAAGUCUAAGCGUUCAUUAGCUCCUUGAUGAUUCUUGAUCUCCCAAGCGAGCGAGCAUCCACCGGCUCACCGCAAUCUGGCUGCCCGUUCUCGAGUACUCUUGUUGUUGCUGUGGCCUGAUUAGGCCUCACUGCAGAGGCGGACACAAUUUCAAUCCCCGCAAUUGCAAGUCAACUUGACAUUUAACUUUUCAAUGUCGUUCAAAAAUGCUUUUGUUUUGGCUUCUCCUGAGUGUUGAAAUGCUUCCGCGUGUGUGUGUGUGAGAGAGAGAGAGAGAAACAAAUAGUAUACCACAAAAAGAAAUGUAUAUGUAAGGAAAUGCCGGGUUUUCUAGCAAAUCUUUUGGGGUGGGUGGAUGUUAUACUCAUUUAUGGUGAGCAUUAGGUGUCACUAUCAGGUUAUUGUUGGGCAUAUUUAGGCUUCUGCGCGUCGAAACAGGGUGAUCAAGAAUGAGUUAACGUGCUGUUAGUAUAGUUUUGCAAUGAAUACCUUUUAUUUUGUGUCAAAAUGUUUCUUUAGAAAAGGAUGGGAACUAGAUUUACUCAGUGUCCUUUGUCCAAGCACUUAAACGAGCAAAAAACAAACUAACAAAACCCCCCACAGGCUUCUUAUGUGAAAUAUCUAUUGAGAGAUUGCCGCCUGCAAACCAAAAACAGCUUUUUGAAGCAGUGUGUGUGCGUGCGUUUGUGUGUGUGUGUAUAAUCACGCGUCCGUGUGUGUAGACGUGCACGUGCAAAGUCAGGCCUGAUCACGUGGAGUUGAACCCUCCACUUCUCAGGAUGUGCAAUCACCUCAAGGAUGCUGAUGCAGGCUUCUACAUGACCACAGACAACUUAAGCCUCUCAAUUGUUAGCGCCUAGUCAAUUGUUCAUGUUCUUAUAUGCAAGUUCCUCAUUUCAUGUAACUGCACGCCCUGUUAAAUGUUCAGGUGCCUGAGUGGAAGAUCUUUUACAGCAAUUUUGAUUGUUUCAAAUCUGCUUCCAAGCUUCUCUUGUGCCAUUUGUCCCGCCCCCCACCUAAUUUUUGCUAUGCUGAAUUCCUUCUAAGCGACAUGGACGCAAGUGAACGCAAAAGAAUAUUUGACGUGUUUUGUAGAUGGAAAAUGAAACCAUUACGACCGGCUUGUUUGGGUUGUGUGUGAGGGAAAACUAAACUCAGUCAGUGGACUUUGUGCGUUCCAUUUUGUCAAGUUCGUGUCUGAAGUAGCACAUGGUUAAUUUUAACAAAUAUUAUAAAGCGUUUAAAGAAAGUUAUUUUCAAGUUCUGAACUAACUUAUCAAUAGAUGCACAAAUAGAAUGAGAUUUAAAAGGAAUUUAUGACAAUGGAAAGCAAGUUGUUUUUUUAUGCAUUUCACAUUGUUUAGUUAUUUAAGUCUGAUGUGAACAGUUUUUGUUUGUAGCAACAAUGUUGAUAUUUGAAGUCACUCGCAAAUUAGAUUGGGUUUCUUUAAGUAUUUGGGAAAGAUGGAAGUACACUGCAUCAUGUGAUAAUGUUUUUUCUAAUUGGAGCUCACUUUACAGUGCUUUUUCUGAGGAGUGACAUGAAUUGUAAUUGAAUUGUCCAUCUUCAUUCUCAAUUUUUGUCUUUUUUUUUCUUGUUGCUCUUAUCGUCAAACCCUCCUGAAACACAAGGCAGGAGAAUUUUCUCUCAAAUGUCUUACACGUUGACAUUGAAGUCUUCAACCGAGUCGUCAGUCAUGUUUUGUUUUGCAUUGAACAGAAUGCUUGCCAUUUGUUUGCAGCAUGAAAAUUCCAAUGUUAUAGAAUUGAAAGAAGAACUAUAAAUCUUAUGAUGUCACAAUUUUAGUUUUCAUUAAAAUGUUAAAUUAAAAUAUAA